GUGGCCUACCGCCGCCUCACGGGGACAGCUGCGAAGGAGGAGGAGGAGGCCAGGCCGCCGCCCAGCAAGGCAUCGGAUGGCGCGGUGGAGGACAAGGAGGCUGGCCCGGACAGCGCGAACGCCAUGACCCUUCACCGGAUCAGGCCCCGCGCCGUGGCCCGCUCCCCCGAGCCCGCGCGCACGGCGCAGUCGGAGACGCCCGCCUCCCCCGCGGCCGCGGCCGUGUCCGCCCAGCCGCCGACUCCUGCGCCUCGGCGCUACCUCGUCGUGCAAGGGCUGCGCACGCCCCAGGCGCCCGUGCGCGCGGCGUCGGGCCCCCCUGGAGCAGGCACGGCCUGCGCCUCGGCAGGCGGCGAAUCCAAGGCGCCGCCGGCGCUGGCGCCCACGGGCGGCCGCGGUGCCGCAGCCUCCGCCGUUGUCCGCCGCGCGGGGCGGCCGCUCGCCGCACCGCCGCGGGCAGAGGUCGAGGCGUCGCCGGCGCCCGCGCCGGUGCCCGCGGGGCAGGCGCCAGCUGGCGCCAGCGGUGCUGCAGCGCCCAGCGGCGAUUGCUGCGCGGGGCAGUCGCUUGUGUCCGCCGCCGCCAGCGCCGCCGAGGCCGAGGCGUCGCCGCCGCCAGCGGGGCCAGUGCCGGCGGGCUCCAGCAGUGCCACAGCGCCCGGUGGCGACAGCCGUGCCGAGCGGCCGCUGGUCGCUCCCCCGCCGACAGGAGGAGAGCAGACCCCAGCUGCCCCGCGAGCGGGCGAUCUCGACGCGGGCGACAAGAAGGCGGAGGACACCGCUGGGCAGCAGCCCCGCCCUCAUGAGGCCCACGGCGCAGCCGCGGGCACCGCGUUGACCUCGCUGUGA